UUCCCAUCUAGUCAUUGCGAGGCAGUCCAUUCUGGGGGAGCAACUUCUACUUGCCAGACAAUACUUCCAGUCCCUCCCACAGCCCUACAAGAAAGGGGGUACCAUCUCCCAUGGCUGAUGAGGAGACCGAGCCUCCGAGAGACCUGCGCCCCCUGGACAUCCUGGCAGAGGCAGUCCCUCCGGACAGCGCUGCGGGCGGAGUCAGGGUGACUCGGGUUCAAGGUGUGCGAGGACUCCAGCUCUCGGCCGCCAGCCCCCACGCCAUGAGCUUCCCUGCGUCGAGGAUUUUCGUCAGAUGCGACCUCUUCCCUGAAGAAUUUUCCAUCGUUGUCACCUUGAAAGUUCCCAAUCUUCCCCCAAAGAAGAACGAGUACCUGCUCGCGGUGGUGGCAGAGGACCGGGAUGCGCUGCUGCUCGGCCUGCGCUACUCGCCCACCCAGCUGCACUUCCUGUUCCUCCGCGAGGACUCGGCCGGCGCUUGGCAGACCCGUGUGUCCUUCCGCAGUCCGACACUGAUGGACAGCCAGUGGCACACGCUGGUCUUGGCCGUGUCUGAAGGAUCCUUUUCCCUCACCACGGACUGCGGCCUUCCCGUGGACAUAAUGGCUGACGUGCCCUUCCCGGCCACCCUAUCCAUGCAAGGAGCCCGGUUCUUCAUCGGCAGCCGGAGGAGGACCAAAGGCCUGUUCACGGGCCUGCUGAGGCAGCUGGUCCUGCUGCCUGGCUCAGAUGCCACACCCAGGCUGUGCCCCUGCAGGAACGCCGAGUUCGCCUUGCUGUCCAUCCCCCGCAUCCUGCGGGGUUUCACAGGGAAGCCAGAAGAGAAUGAGGUGCUAAGAUAUCCCUAUGAAACCGACAUGAAGGUGACACUGGGAUCCCGACCUCCCUGUACCAAAUUGGAGGAUGCCCAGUUCUGGUUUGACGCCAGCAGGAGGGGGCUAUACCUGUGCGUGGGCAGCGAGUGGGUCUCUGUGUUAGCAGCCGAAGAAAAACUGGACUAUGUGGAAGAGCAUCAGAGCCUGUUCACCAACUCGGAGACACUGGGCAUCGAGGUCUUUGUCAUCCCUGAGGCCGGGCUCUUUGUAGCAACUGCCAAUCGGAAGACCACCUCUGCCAUCUACAAAUGGACCGACGGGAAGUUCGCCUCGUACCAGAACAUCCGCACGCACCAAGCUCAGUCCUGGAGACAUUUCACCAUCGGGAAAAGGAUCUUCCUGGCCGUGGCCAACUUUGAACCGAAUGAAAAGGGUCAGGAGUUCUCCGUCAUUUACAAAUGGAGCCAGAGAAAACUGAGGUUCACGCCGUACCAGAGGGUCCCCACCCACAGCGCCCGCGACUGGGAGGCCUUCCAGGUGGCUGGGGAGUACUUCCUCGCUGUGGCCAACCAUCGGGAAGGUGACAACCACAACAUCAACAGCGUCAUCUACAAGUGGAACCCAAGGACCCGCCUCUUCGAGACCAACCAGACCAUCGCCACCUCUGGCGCCUACGACUGGGAGUUCUUCACUGUGGGGCCCUACUCCUUCCUGGCGGUCGCCAAUGCCUUCAACGGCACAUCCACCAAGGUGCUCUCCCACCUGUACGUCUGGCUCGUCGGCUCCUUCCAGCUCUUUCAGUCUUUCCAGACGUUUGGCGCCGCGGACUGGGAGGUCUUCCGCAUCGGAGAGAGGACCUUUCUGGCUGUGGCCAACAGCCACAGCUACGACGUGGCAAUGCAGGUACAGAACGACUCCUACGUCAUCAACUCCGUCAUCUACGAGCUGAACGUCAGCGCCCAGGCCUUCGUCAAGUUCCAGGAGGUCCUCACCUGCAGCGCCCUGGACUGGGAGUUCUUCUCUGUGGGAGAGGACUAUUUCCUAGUGGUUGCAAACUCCUUCGACGGGAAAACCUUCUCGGUCAACAGUAUUAUUUACAGGUGGCAGGGAUACGAAGGCUUCGUGGCCAUGCACAGCCUCCCGACCUUUGGCUGCAGGGACUGGGAAGCCUUCCGCACCGCGGCCGGCGCCUACCUCAUCUACUCCAGCGCCAAGGAGCCCCUCUCCCGGGUCCUGAGGCUGAGGACGGGGUGAUGGCCCCGGGGCCCCCAGGAACAGGACCUGCCUGGCCGCACCCCAGAACCCUGCCAAGGAACCCUGGAAGCUCCAGGGGGACGAGCCCAGGCAGCAUGGCUUCCACUGCAUCCUCCCUGACCCUUAUGCAGUCGGGGACAUCCAUCACCUCUCCGCCCCGGGAACCGUGGUGGCCGGACCCCGUGGCUGGUGGACGGUCAGGCGGAAGACCAGAGCCGCCCCUGCUCAUCUGGGUGCCCCACAGGGAUUUCCCUUCAAAGGAAAAGUUCACACAAAGUUUUACCUCAAAAUCAGCAGGGCCUACGUCACCUUCCCCGUUGGCGAGCCCAGACUCGGGACAGGCUUGCCGCUGUUUUCCAUGUUCGUACCAGCUAUUUAUUGUAUUCUGUCUCUAUGGAAAUAUAUUUAU